AUGUCGAAUAAGACGCGUACUAAAGUAAAAGAACCUACUAGUGCAUCUCAGAGUGCAAAACCCGAACGGAAAUCGGCCCGUAAACAAUCAACCAAGGCAAAAGUCAGGACAGCUCAGAUUAAUUCAGAAAACGAUUCUGAAGCAGACGAUAUUACCAACUCGGAGGCAAAGACACCCGUGAAGCGCGGACAGAAGAGAAAACAGAUCCACGAGGACGAGGAUGAAGAAGAGGAAAAGACGUUUGACAGCGAUGCACUAGACGAGGAUUCGGACUCGGACGCCAAACCCGUCAAAAAAAAGGGUCGUAGGAGUCCCCAGAAACCUCGUGCAGUCAAAAAGAAAAAAGGGGAUGAAGAUGAAAUCGAUUACGAGCUUGAAGACGGGCAGGAGGUUGUUGGUGUUGUGGUUCAAGCACCUAAAACAGGCCACGUACCCCCUGGUCAGAUAUCACAGAAUACGCUCGACUUCCUCAGUAACCUCAAGAAACCAGAAUGUAACGACCGAGAAUGGUUUAAAUUACAUGAACCUGUGUAUCGCCUUGCCGAAAAGGAAUGGAACCACUUCGUUGAAGCCUUCACCGAUAUUCUCGCAGAAGUCGACCCUCAAAUUCCUCACCUCCCCCCAAAGGACGUCAUUCACCGCAUAUAUCGGGACAUUCGAUUCAGUAACGACAAGACUCCCUACAAGAAAGGCUUCUCAGCAAGCUUCUCACGAAGCGGACGGAAAGGCAUAUUCGCACACUUUAGUCCUGGUGGGCACAGUAUGAUUGCAGCAGGCAGUUGGCAGCCGGGACGUAACGAACUUGCGACGAUUAGGGCCAACAUCCAAAGAAACCCACGUCGGCUGCGCAAUGUCAUAUCUGCGCCUGACUUUGUAAAAUUCUUUGGACCUGCAAAGCCUCAUCCGAAAGGUGAAAGCCAGAACAUCUUCGGAUUCGAAGAUGAGUUGAAAACUGCGCCCAAAGCAGUUGCGAAAGAUCAUAAGGACAUCGAUCUCCUCAAAUGCCGUUCAUUCUGUGUUUCACAUCAUUUCACAGAUUCCGAAGUGCUCGCCCCUAAUUUCAAGGAAAGUUUGGCGAUGGUCGCAAGGGUGGUGCAACCUUUUGUUCAUUGCCUUAAUGACAUGAUGACAGUCACUGGAGGUGAGGACGGAAACACAGAUGAAGACGAUAAUGAUGGUGAAGGAGAUGACCCCUCCGAAUAG